AUGAAUCCAUUACUUCAAAAUUUAUUUGAAGAUCAACUUUUGCCGAGUACUUCUGCUUCUAAUGGCAUUAAUGAUGUUGAAUUAGUGGAUUCGUCUUUCCAAAAAUUAUAUAAUGAGUUUAAGGAUUUGAUACAAAAUCCAAAUGAUCCUAAACUAUCUGUCACUCUUGAUGAAUCUUGUUCUUUAAGUUCCCAAAAUCAAUGCAUACGUGAGGAGAAGGCCAAGAAAAGGGGGAAGAUCGAUGAACGAUAUUGGAGCAAAGAGGAAGAUAGGAUGUUGCUACAGUUCGUCAAAACGUAUGGAACUAAGAGCUGGAACUUAAUUGCUGACAAGAUGAAAUCACGCAGGAAAGGGAAACAUAUGAGGGAUAGAUACUACAACCAUCUGAAAUCGGGAUUAAAGAAAGGGCCGUGGAGCGAGGAAGAAGACUCCAAAUUAGUUAAUGCUCAUAAAAAUUUGGGUAAUAAAUGGGCUGAGAUUACUAAGCUAUUGCCAGGUCGAAGUGAAAUUUCUAUUAAAAAUAGGUGGAAUGCAAUGAAGAGGCGGUGUCUCAAUGCCAUUAAACAGCGCCAGAAGCCAAAUUGCAGUAAUCUUGAAAACUAUAUAAAGAGUCUUAUAAGCAACAAGGAUCAGAGUAGUGCCAUAUGUAUCGACUCUGACGUAGUUUCUAGGGCCCAAGGAGGAUCAAAUGGGCUUCCUUCUUCCGUUCCAAAUGAUUUGUACGAUGAUGAUAAUAGCUCGAACCUCGAAUCUCUUACAAAUUUGAUUUAUAAUAGCGACGAAGAUGAUUCGGGUUUUGUGGAGUUAAGGGAUCUGCUAGACGAUGAGUAA